GACGUGAACACCUUCAAUAUCAGUGCUGUCUGGUUGCUGUUUGCUGAAAGCAUUGACAUUCUAAAAAAUCUUAAGUCUCUCCCUCUUGGAAUCAGCUCUGAUGUCGUCCUCCGACUUGCGAACGGUUCUCUGUACGAUGUUUACAAAACCGCUCCACAGUACAGUCUUCAGGCGUACGACUGCGGCGUUUUGAGCAGGUCGGAUUUUCGUUUGGAACAAAAGAGAAAAAACGAUUUAGAAGGUAUCACUCUAACCGCUGCAUUUUAUACAGAUGUGAAAAUAGACAACGACUACCAGACCACUCGCCAGUAUAACGACCCCACUUACUACCCACGAGCGGAGUUAUACAACAGGGAGCAUUUCAUGUAUCAUCAACAAUUGCAGAAAUUGUUAAAUUUCAAAACAUUCAUUCUCAGAUCUGCCUCGUAUGGCAACCAAAUCAGUAAUGGCAGUUGGAACGGGAUGGUCGGGGAAGUGUCUCAGGGCAAAGCAGAGGUUUCUAUAGCUCCAUUACAGUUGAGGAACGACAGAGGGAAAGUGGUCAAAUUCUUGGUUUCUUUGUCGACGUUGAGGAUAGUGUUUAUGUUUCGUCAGAAGAAAUAUUUGGGAAGUUACAACGCUCUGAUGCUGCCGUUUUCCACCGAGGCUUGGAUUUACACGUUCAUUACGAUGGGGCUGUUCGUAGUUUUUUACGAAACGAUUUCAUACAUCAGAAAAUCAUUGAGUAAAGGAAAUUCAUCGGAAACUGGCGUUGGGUUCAUUUUCGUCGUAGGGAUCAUGGCACUUCAAGGCAACUUUUCCAGAUUAAUGAAAACUCCUAAUACAUGUUCGAUGAGAAUUUUGAGCAUAGCUUUACUACUGUUUGGACUAUUUGUGAGUACAUUCUACAAUGCUGCUAUAAUGCACGGACUCCUGACACCAGUUCCGAUCCCCGUACCGACCCUCGAGCAGCUUGUAAAAAAUCCUUCGCUCGAAUUAGGCAUUUUAGACGCUAAUUAUCUAUCGGGGAAUAGAAAUAGCUGGGCGUUUUUCUUUAAACCCGAGACCCGAGCUCAGCUGGAAAAGAGAAGUCGCGUCAUGUCGGCCGAUGCCGGAUUAGAAAUGAUGAGGACUAAACGGUUCGCGUUCUGCACCGACGACUUCGGCGCGUACUGGGACAUAUCUCGGAAAUUCUCCGAUUCGGAAAAAUGCGAAAUCGUCGAAAUAGAAACAAGAGAUCCGUUUCACAUCGGUUGGAUGGUCGGCAGAAAUUCUACAAACAAGGAACUGUUUAACAGAGGUAUUAUCUGGCUCAAGGAGAACGGCCUGUCGUACAGAACGAAGAGGUUUUGGUUCCCCAUGUCACCCUCUUGUUACGGAAGUAUCACCUUCCUGCACGUGACUUUGGAAGCUGUUGUCAUCGCCGUGGGCAUCUACCUGGCAGGAGUCGUCUUUUCCAUUUUCGAUGUGACUACUUUCAAUGUCAGUUUUGCUUGGUUGCUGUAUGCUGAAAGCCUUGCCAUAUUAAAAAAACUGAAAUCUCUUCCAUUGGGAAUCAGCUCAGACGUCAUCCUCCGGCUUUCAAACAGUUCGCUGUAUGAUAUUUACAAAACCGCUCCUCAGUACCAUCUCCAGGCGUACCACUGCGGUGUCUUGAGCAGAUUGGAUUUUCGUUUAGAAAAAAAUAAAAGAACUGAUUUAGACGGUAUCACUUUAACCGCUGCACUUGUUACAGAACUGAAAUUGGACAAUGACGAUCAGAACAUGUCCCAAAAGUUGACCGACCAAACUUACUUCCCGGAAGCAGAAAUAUACAACAGGGAGCAUUUCAUGUAUCAGCUAUACUUGGAGAAAUGGCUAGUCUUCAAAAUGAACAUAACCAGAUCUUCCACAUUGGGCAGUGAAGUUGCCAAAGGGAACUGGACUGGGCUGGUUAAGUACAUAUCCCAGGGAAAGGCUGAUGUCGCUACAGUUCCCAUGCAGCCAAUGGAUGACUUCAGGGAUUUAGUCCAGUACUUAGUGCCCAUGAUGAAAUUAAGAUUUAUAUUCAUGUUUCGCCAGCCGAAGUUUUUGUCAACAUAUAACGCUCUGAUACGGCCGUUUUCCCCAGAAGUUUGGACAUACAUAUUGAUAACAAUGGGAGUGUUUGUACUUUUCUGCGAAAUCAUAUCCUUCACCCGAAAAUAUUUCAAGAAAGAAAAUGCCGCGGAAAUUGGCGAUGGGUUUGUUUACGUUAUAGGAGUCAUGACUUAUCAAGGCUUAAUUACAAAUCCUUAUACAACUUCAAUGAAAAUGACGAGUAUUGCUUUACUGCUGUUUGCGCUAUUUGCGUCUACAUACUACAACGCUGCUACACUGCACGGCCUCUUGACACCUGCUCCCAAUUCGAUACAGACGGUCGAACAGCUUUUAAAAAGCCAAUUAAUGGAAUUAGGCAUUAUAAAAGAUAAUUAUUUGACGAACUAUAGCAAGAGUUGGGGAUUUAUUUUGAAGCCUGAAACCCGUGCUAAACUUGAAAAGGAAAAAAUUACACAGACAGUUGAAAAAGGGGUGGAAAAGGUGAGAACCGAAAGGUUUGCGUUUUGCACUGAUGAUCACGCUGUAUAUUGGGAGGUGUCUCGCAAGUUCUCAGAUUCGGAAAAAUGCGAGAUUACUGAAAUCGAAACAAUCAAUCCUUUCCCUGUCUGCCUGACCGUUGAGAAAAAUUCCUCUUACAAAGAACUAUUUAACCAAGGCCUUAUCUGGAUCAAGGAGAAUGGCUUGUCAAACAGGUUGAAGAAGUUUUGGUACCCUAUGACACCCUCGUGUUACGGCAACAUCCGCUUUGUGCACGUGACUUUGGAAGUGGUGUUCGUCGCUGUGGGCGCCUUUUUGGCUGGAGUGGUCAUCUCCAUUUUCCUACUCGGCAUAGAAUUAUUAAUUCAUUUACUUCAUUAA